UGUCCAUUGUCCCGCCGGACGAUCCAGACAGUCUCCUCUCGUGAGAAUCUGAGGAUCCGGACGCACUCAGGGACCCGAGCGGUGUGGGUGGGCGCUUGUUCCGUGGUCACCCGGAGCCGGCGCACGCCGCGCCCCGCCCCCUCUACACGCAGGCUCCGUGCGAGUGCACGCACGCGCCCGCGCGCGCACCCGCUAUAGCCUCGGUCUGGCCUGCGGGGACCCGGCGCGCGGAGGCCGGGCCACUGAGGUACGAGGGGCGGAGCCCGAGCCGCCGCCGCUGCAGCCACCGCCACCGCCGCCGCCGUCGCCACCGCCGCUGCCGCCAGAAGGAGCAUGUCUGCAACUCGAGCCAAGAAAGUGAAGAUGGCCACCAAAUCAUGCCCGGAAUGCGACCAACAGGUUCCUGUUGCAUGUAAAUCAUGUCCCUGUGGUUACAUAUUUAUUAGCAGAAAACUUUUAAAUGCAAAACACCCAGAAAAAUCAUCAUCUACUACAGAAAACAAGCAUGAGGCCAAGAGGAGGCGAACAGAGAGAGUUAGGCGAGAGAAGAUAAAUUCUACAGUAAAUAAGGAUUUAGAAAACAGAAAGAGGUCUCGAAGUAACAGCCAUUCAGAUCAUAUCAGACGAGGAAGAGGAAGACCUAAAAGUGCAUCUGCCAAAAAACAUGAGGAAGAAAGAGAGAAACAGGAAAAGGAAAUUGACAUCUAUGCUAACCUCUCUGAUGAAAAGGCUUUCGUGUUUUCAGUCGCCUUGGCAGAAAUAAAUAGAAAAAUUAUUAAUCAAAGACUUAUUCUCUGAUAUUUGUCACAAGGUGUGUGUUGAAACUUUCUUCAGGAUUACAUCAGCAAAUUCUCAAACAGUAAUGGACUCUCAGGAGCAUUCUGACUGCAUCAAUAAGGGCCAUUGAUUGUUUCUUUCCUUAUCGUAGCCUGUGCCACACUUUUUUGAGCAAAGCUGUAGGCUUGGACUGUUCUGGGACUUCCUUGUUUACCAAGGAGUAUUGUCAGUGUUUUGUGUUUGGGAUGUUGUGCAUUUACCACCCCACGCCCCAAAAAAGUGCUGGAUAAAGGAUAAAGGGGUGGGGUUGGGAGUGGAAGUAUGAAAACUAGAGAAAUAAAGUGAUAGUUCGCAGGUUUGCCACCAGAGAUGCAAUAUUUUAAAUACUUUGAGAAAGAGUGAUUUUUAAAUAUAUAUAUUUCAGGUUUUCAGCACUAACUGAUUGCAUAUUUACAGUUCAUUUAAUAAAUUGGCAAUUGAUAUUUUAUUGAAUGAGGAAUUAGGAAUGUAAACUGUAAAUUUUGUCUUAAAUUGAUUUUUUUCUUGGUCUUUAUUUUUAUGACUUAAGGUAUGAGUUAUUUUUUAGAAACUUUCUAGAUAGUUUGGAAGUUUGGGUGCUAUAUGAAGAAAAACAUUUAAGGAUAUAUCAUCCUUCAGAUGUAAACACCUUGUUUUCUUGAAUGUAAUUUAUUUAUUGGUUAAAAACUUUUUUGCUCUCAAGAUGGUGCCUGUUAACCUUAACAUAAAAUAUAUUUAUUACAUACAAAAUAUUUCUUAGAUAGCCACUUUUAAGCAGUAAUGUUCUUUCUGAAUGGAUGUUCAUUUAUACGUCUUGAAAAUUAUUUAAAUUGUUACUUAACCUCACUCUGGAGGAAAAAAAAAUAAACCUUAAUAUUGAAACUAAUAGAUUCAGUAGUGUGGCAUAAGCUUUUUGUUCUACUGAAAUUUGUGAAAUAUAUUUUAAAUUAUUAAUUUUCUAGUGUUAAUUUGUUUUAUACUAAAUGCCUUUUCAUUUUUGCAUGUCAAUUUAAUGCUUACCAUAUCCAAGUUUGAUAAGGACUUUUAUUAUUUUGAGUCAACAGUGGCAUUUGUGCCCCUGCUCUGUGCCUCCCUCCCACCUCACCCCAAUCUGUUGGAAGUUCUAAAGCCUUAUUAGUGAAGGUAGGCAUCAGUUAGACUUAGCCCUUUCUUAAGAAAGUUUUCCUUUCAAUUUCAACAACUUCAUUAUCAGCUUCAGUCUGCUUCUCUUGCAUAACCUCUCCCAGAAGACAUUUACAUUUUUUCUACUUUAUUUAAAUGGUAGCCAGCAGAGGGAGCUUAAGAGGUACUCCAUCUAGGUAGGAUGUAGGGUUUUCCUAAAAAUUCCCUUUUCCCUCAAUCAUACUUACCUCCAGGUACUACUAAAAUUACCUUGUAUGUAUUUUAAAGCCCUAGUAAUAAAAGUUUAUUCCCAGGAAUGUCAAUGUGAUCAUAUCUAUGAAAUAUAAGAAAACUUUUCAUUUUGAGGGAAAAGUAUUACCUAAAAAUGCUCAUGAGCUUACACAGGCAUACCUGGAGAUAUUGUGGGUUCAGAUCUAGAUCCCUGCAAUAAGGCAAGUGUCAAAAUAAAGCAAGUCACAAGAA